AUGAACGGAGCGAAGGCUAACAAGACCAUGUCUGACUCCAGUUUAGGAGCGGCUUUACCUGCAUCCUGGUAUUCCUCUCGGGGAAUUUACGAGUUGGAAAGUCGAGCCAUCUUUUCCCGACAGUGGCUAACCGUCACACACGAGCUUCGACUUGCUGCUCCCGGCGCCUACGCAAAGUUUACGAUUACUGGGUACCGUUUCUUUAUCAUCCGUGCCCGGAACGGUGAUCUGAACGCUUUCUUGAAAAUGUGUCAGCAUCGGGCCUUUCCUGUGGUGCUCCAAGACGAGGGAACUGCAAGUUUGACCUGCCUUGUUCCUGAGAGUUUGUCUAAUCGUCAAAGCUGGUCGUACGGCUUGAAUGGAAAGCUCGCCAAAGUACCCAAUUUUGACAAGGUCGGAGACUUUGACAAAUCACAAUAUGGUGUGUUCCGUGUCCAUGUCAAGGUCGACGUGAAAGGGUUUGCCUGGGUCAAUCUGGAUGGGGCACUGGUGCCCGCAAUCAAGUGGGAAAAUAGCUUACCGGUAUCGACCUCCAACAGCGGUUAG